AUGUCUGCUAGUAACAAUUAUUUUCAAACAAAUUCGAACACUUUACCGCCGAAGUCACAGACUCGUUCUAGUAGUGUACGAGUACGUCCUUCGAGAUCAUCAACAACAGAUCGUAUGUUACAUCGAACAUUAACUAGUCGAUCUCCAUCAUCUUCAAGUAUUGUCCGUCGUGGUCGUGAACCCUUAUCACAACAAAAUAAUCAAUUAAGAAAAACAACAUCAACUUCAAGUAUCAAAAAAACAUUACAUUCAUUUACUAAUCUUUCAUCUAUUAAUAAUUCUCAAUCGAACUUUAAUCCAGAUUAUGCUAGUCAAGAUGUAAUAGAUAUAGCUGAUACAACUGAUACCGGUGAUUAUGAUGAAAUAGGUACUCAAAAUCAAUCGGACAAGGAAAAUAUCACCUCUUCAAAUUAUCCAUUUGAAAUUGAUAAAAAUCCUGUUUUAAAACAAAGAACAGCAUCUGGAAAAAAACUAGCACAAGAAGUGCUUGAAAUGUAUGAGGAGCUACAUAAUGGUGCUUUUCAAUGUAUGCUAUGUAAGAAUAAAGAUAAAGUGAAGAUAAUCAAACAAACUGGUCGAGGAACAGCCAAUUUGCGAUCACAUCUUCUUGUACAUGGACUUAAAAACUUUGCUUUUGAUUCUCAAGACGUGCAACGAUCUUCAAGAAUGAAUCCUGCCGCAAUUGAUAGAGCGUCUUCAUCUCGUAAACGUGAAAUAGAUGAAGCUAUAUUGAAAUGCACAAUUGACGCUGGUCUACCGUUCAAUCUGUUUAAUCAUGAUGCUGUAGUUGAACUUCUUCGUUUGCUCGAACCAGGAUAUAUACCACCUGAUCGUCAUACAAUCUCAUCACGCAUUCAUGAUCAAUACUAUCAGCAUAUAUUUGAUCUCAAAUCUCUCUUGCCAAAUAUCGGACCAAUAGCGUUCACCAGUGAUCUAUGGAAAGAUGUCUCUCGACAACAUAUUAUUUCUCUAUCUUUUCAUAGUUUCUCGGUCGAUUUCGAAUUUGUAUCAUCACCAUUAUCAUUUCACCUAUUUCAAGAACAAAAACUAGCAAUUAACAUUCGAGCAUUUUUCGAAUAUGAGCGAGAACGUUUUGGUUUGAACUCAAGUUUUUUAUCAGGUAUAACAACUGAUAAUGGGCCGGAUAUAAAAUGUGCGUCAUCAUCAGGUGUACUCGGUCCUCGAUUUGCCUGUCUUGCUCAUUGCCUUAAUCUUGUCGUUUUUCAUGGAGUAUGCUUAUGGAAUCUGCCGAAUCCAAAAAGGUUUCCAUUUGAUUCGAUGUACGAACCAGUGAAGACAUCUCUUGUCGAUGAUGAAGAUGACGAAAUUACAAGUGAAAUUUCAUUGAAUGAACUAUCAUCUUCUAUGGCUGAUCAACAACGUUUACUUGAUUAUAAUACUCAACAAUUAAUAGGUGGUUUCGAUUUUGAUGAAACAAACACAGAUAAUCCAACUGAAGAACCAGUAACCAAUCGAGAUAUUUUCGAUCUUCUUAUUCGUAUUUAUCGUCUUAUCCUAAAAGUCCGUGAUUUUGUUUCAAUGGCUCGAACAAUUGCUUCACUUCAACGUUAUAUAACUGAACGAACUGAUUCUGGUAAAGGUGGUUUCGUUCUCGACGUGAAAGUACGCUGGAAUAGCAGCUUUAAGAUGAUUAAUCGGCUUAUUAGUCUUCGUGAUUUGGUGGAUGAAAUUUUAAACAAACGAGAUUUUAAUGGAUUAAAUGCUACUCAAAAACAAAAACUUCGUUCAUUGAUAUUUACUCAUGACGAUUGGGAUUUACUGAAUGCACUUCAUGAUUGUUUAGAACCUUUUGAAAAAAUUACUACUAUACUCUCUGGCGAUUAUCCCACGCAGUCAAUGUCAUAUUAUGCUCUACAAAUAUUGAAAGCAAGUGUUGAGGAGACAUCUGAUCAGUCUCACUAUCACAAAGUUAUAAACAAAAGUUUAAGUUAUCAAUAUGAUUAUUAUCUUGAUGCAUUUUUACCUUUUGAUCAAAAAAUUACAAUGAAGGCGAGUGAUUUUAUGAAAAUUUUCUUUUUAGAGAUUAUUUUCUGCUAA